GAAAAUAAUCGAAGGCGGAAUUAAAAGUAUACGCGUAGGAACGGCGUUUCUGGUACGAAACUAUGCUCGGCUUCGUUCGGCUCAACUCGAACGAGAAGUGUCAACGACUGUGGGGUGUAGGUCAGGAGAGAGAGACUCCGUUGAUCAAACAUUCGAUGUCUCUUCCAUUAGCUAAGAUUUACUUUCCCAUUUAGCGACAGUCCGUCAUGUAUGAAAGUCGUCGAAAGAGAGCCUACGAGGGAACGUAACGUACUCGCACAUGAAUCAGCAAUGCAAGGUGUGCGGCGAACCCGCGGCUGGCUUCCACUUUGGCGCGUUCACCUGCGAGGGCUGCAAGUCCUUCUUUGGAAGAUCUUACAACAAUCUAAAUAGUAUAUCCGAAUGCAAGAACGGCGGUGAAUGCGUGAUAAACAAGAAGAAUCGUACUGCCUGCAAAGCGUGCCGUUUAAGAAAGUGUCUUCUCGUUGGAAUGUCGAAAUCUAGUUCCCGUUAUGGGCGCAGAUCUAAUUGGUUCAAGAUUCAUUGUCUUCUUCAAGAACAACAACAGCAACAACAGCAACAACAACAACAGCAGCAGCAGCAGCAACAACAGCAACAACAGCAGCAACAACAGCAACAACAACAACAACAGCAACAGCAACAUCAUUAUUCUCAAGCUUUGACGACGAAUCCGCAAUUAUCUCAACAACAAAGGAAACCAAUGAGCCCACCGAUAGGUUUACAUCCGAGUCAAAGGAAAGACGAUAAUUUGUUGCUCGGAUUGGACGAUUACAAGAAUUCAACGUCGCCUAGUAUAAGUUCUCCGGAGUCUCAUAACAGCGACAGUUCGGUUGAAAUAUCCGAAAGAAGAGCGGCGUUUGUUGGACAUCCAGGCUUUCGACCUUUACAUUCUCAUUUGCCACACUCUGUAGCCGAACUGUCGGCUUUGGGUAAAGAGAUGAUGACGUUACCGCUUGGUUUUCAUCUCGGUGGAAUGUCUUUGAUUCAACCAGCGUUCUUACCACCCCCAAGUCUUACGAUGUUCUCGCCUUAUCAUCUAUACGCAACGCCACAUGGCGGUUCGCACCCGUUAGUACCAUCUUGUCACUCACCGAGCGUACACAGAAGUUCGCCAGUUAUCGAAGAUGUAUCCUCGACGAUAUCGACGACUCCGACGACGGCGACGACGACGACGACGACGACGUUGACCGUGGUUCCAACUACGACGAGUAUCGAGACAACGAACGCGAUCAUCAGCAUCGAUGAUAAAGACUCCUGUGCAAAUAAUAAUAAUAACAAUAAUAAUAACAAUAACAAUAAUAACAACAACAAUAAUAAUAAUAAUAAUAACAACAACAAUAAUAAUAAUAAUAUUAACAACAAUAACAAUGACAAAUACGUUCACAAUCAGAACGUUCGAUCGACGAUAGAGAAUAUUACGUCGACCGAGAAUUAUAGCAAAAGAUUUUAUUUGGACGCGGUACUGAAGAGACAACGAUUAACAAGAGGUGAAUCUUCACCGAGAUCUUCGAAAACUUCAUCCGAUAGAGAUUCGUUGAGCUCGACUCCCGAACUCGACAUUGAUUGUCUACCACCACAAGACAAUCCCAUAGAUCUUUCAAUGAAAUCAACGACCGCCAGCGUAGUUGAUCCUACUCAGGAGGACGAACUCGACAUGGAAGAAGACAGCGACAGGGACAGCCCACCCUUGAAGAAAAGGCCUGCACCUAUCGAUCUCACUACGAGGUCUUAAGUCUUUCUUUUUCUUUCUUUUCUUCUCUCUCCCCUCAACCGCAACUCCAACCCCUUCCAGGAUAUGGAAUUUAUGAUUCCACGAUGACUCGGAAGAAAACUUUUCUUUGAGGAAAGAAAACGGAUUCUAUAAGCUUAUUCUAAAAGUGUAUUUACUACGAAAAAUGCUACUUUUCUUUUUUUUCUCUUUCGUCUUCUUUUCUAUUCUUUUCUUUCUCUUUCUCUUUCUCUCUUUCUCUCUUUCUCUGUAUCUCUUUCUAGUCUACCGAAAAUCGUUCCUACACCGUGAGAAAGGUCAGGGUGCUAUUAUACGCGAUCCACGUUAGAUAUGUGCGAGAUAAUAGGAAGGUGCCUAAGCAAAACGGUGAAAUCGAAAAUUGCUAUAGGCACACGAUGGACUUUGACAACGAUAUUCUACGAAGAUAACCUGUGUGUUAUAUUUAAUUUUAUUCACGUUUCCAUUGGUAUUACUAAACGGACCUUGUGUAUUUGUGCGUGUGUGUGGGUGUAUAUGUAUGUUAGAGAGAGGGGGGAGAGAGAGAGAGAGAGAGAGAGAAGAGGAAGAAACGAAUGAACUCUAGUGUUCAAUCGAUAAAAUUGUAUUUAUCAUAACAUAUCGUAUCUAAUCAUUGAAAAAUUUGUUCCACGACGAAAUCGAAUACAUAAUCGAAAGGAUUAAAAAAAAAAAAAAAAAACAAACCAACGAACAAAAAGAAAAACAAAAAAAGAAAAUGAUUCGAUCGUUCGAUCAAGAAAAAAAGAGAGAGAGAGAGAGAGAGUUGUGUCUCAGUUUCUUACGAUCGAUCAUAAAAUGAAAUAUUGAUAGUUUAAUUAACGAUCUCGCGUUCUUUCUCGAUCGGUAGACAAAGAGAGAAGGAUAUGGAAAAAAGAAAAUAAAUGGAUAAGAGAAGAUAGAAAAAAGGA